CGCCGGGGUAGCGAAUGGCAACAAGGAAUAUAUAUAUAAGAUGACGAUGUCGCCGUGUAUAGUCGGGAUAGAAGAAGGCCUAUGAUAUCGCUCGCUAAUCAUCCAACUCAUAAUAUAUUAAUAUCAGUUCUACAUCUUUGAACACACUCGCUUUAUACCAGCAAAAGCAAAAAGUCUUGAUUUACCGCACUAUCGCUAUACUCAAAAAUAAUUAAUAUCAUUAUUCCAUCCGACAUCAUGAAGUCCAACACCAUCGCCAGCGCUCUCUUCGCAGCCGCCACCGUCUCGGGCGCCGUCAUGAAGCCCAGACAGGCCAACUCCUUCUCGGUGACCAACUUCACCGCGUCAUGCAUCCCUCACAGUCUUCUCUGCACCUACGAAUUCGCCGUGAUCACAGACCCGACCAGCGCCUCGCCGUCAGGCAACCCGUCGCCGGCGCAGUGCAGCCUGAUGCUGCAGGGGCCGGACUACCUGCCGCCGGUCCCGCUGACGGGGUGCGCGGAGGUGGGCGCGUACUCGUGGGCGGUGGACGUGCUCCCCGACCAGGGCGGGCUCACGCUCAGCGUCACGACGCCGCAGGACUCGCACACCAACUUCACCGGCUCGUACGAUGUGCCGGCCGACCAGCUCGUCGCGGAGCAGCACGGCGCUGUUAUCACGCAGAGGUAUACUGGGCCGAGCGCUUUUGCUGUGCCUAUUGGGACGCCUUCGGUGUAGGGGUACUCUGAAUUAAGGAUGUGAGGAGGAGAUGGAAGGAUGUUUUGAGGGAUUGAGAGGAACUGGAAUGGGUCUACGUAAAGAAAAGCAACUUGAUCGAUGAUCUUAUUCGCACAUAGAUAUUGUACAUGAUAAUGUAUAUGAAUAAAUAAUCCGAAGAUGUGGAAUAAAAGCUAUCGUUGUUUCUAUGGAUACUAGGCUCAGGGGUAGACUUCCCUCUGUCUUGAAGAUGGACCUUCCUAGGCAAUUGAGGGUUAGGGUUAGGGUAUGACGUAUCACCGACGACCGGAGUUGAAGUCAAUUGAAGUCAAUAAACUUAGCUAAGACAAUCAGAUAACCAUACUGUCUUAUAACAGCAAUUGCGACGUCCAAUUUGGGUGAGAUAUCCUCCAUUUUCACCAGAAUUAUU